UUUUCAGUUAUAAGUUCAUUAGAAGUCAUUGAAAGAUUCGUUAUCUUAGCUUAUAUAAUUUAUAUUCAAUGUAGGUGGCUAUAAGUAACUCUAUUCCAUAUCUCUAACUUAAUUAUGGCUAAAUGUUUGUCGCUUGGAAUUCAACAUUUUGGAGUCGAAUUCGUAUUUUCACGGUCAGAAAGACGGGGUUCUGUUUACACUCCCAGUAAAACUUUUCGGUUCCGUCCGCGAUUUCUCCGUGUUUCUCGGUCGAAAGCAAGCCGCGCGGACGUAGGUACGGUGUAUGUGUACAUAUUUGAGUAACCGGGGGCUAUGUGGCGUACCGCCCCGUCGCCCUAGAAAUCCCGUUGAAACCUGCGCCACCAGCGAGCGACAACAAUAACAGCGUCGGCAGGCAGCAGCAUCGAAGAACGCGACCGACCCGGCAAUGGUAGAAGGGAAUAAACGUUAACCGCGCUAUGGGUGCCGCGUCGCGAAUGCGCAAGCAAUUUGCUUUGGAGCUGAGACAAAAGUAGAUGUGUCUCAUCAAGUUGCGAUUCGAGUUUCUACUAUAUAAAAUGCGCACCCGGCUGCGGAUGGGCAGUAAGCAGUACUCAGUGCUUCCAGUUCGGUUUUCGAAGUUCUAAAGUGGUGCGGUAACAAGUGAUAGCAGCGGACUGUGGUCUAUCGUCCAGGGUGGUGACCUCUACCUCUACCACUGUGAGUUGGGUGGUGAACAACAGAGAUUACAACAAAGUUCCGUUAAGUGUCGCGAAAUCAAUCUGCGAAUUGCCCCGCCAGCAGCGUGUGUGAGAGAGAGAACGUCAAGCGUCAAGCAGUCUUUAGCUUAGCUGGGUGAGACACCGACAAUCUGUUAAGUGCCCAAACAGUCUAUCACCAGAGCACGUGCGUGCGAGUGUGUAGGUUUGUUUUGUUCGUCUCCCGUCUAGCAGCCUUGUGGUUUGCGAACAUCAUUUCCAGGCCGAUCGCGCGGGUGCCCGUUUGUGUGAUCAAUGAUCAUCGGUCAGCGCUUGAAGCUUGCGUCGCUGCGGUAGCCCUUAUCAUUCGUCGUUGCCGUUUCGGUUCAGCGAGCAAUCGCGCCGAGUAAGUAAGCCUGAAGCUCUCUCGUAAGUCAUCCAGCCAAGCCAUCAUUCUUCGUCGGUUCAUUGUGGUCAGCAGUCACGCGUGCGACAGAAUCGGAAACGUGGAGGAAACACUUCGAACGUAAGAUUUGUGAGUGUACUGAACUGUGGGGUUUUCUACUGGGUGGUGAAUCCCGAAUUUAUAGUUCUCGAGGGUUGCGUGCCGAAGCUAGUUUGGCCCUAGGAUUACACAAUCGUCUUCAUGGAGAUUGAUUGAUAACGAAUUGGUGCGAGGACGUAAAAGUUGAUAGUUGAUUGAAGUUCAAGUGCUUGGUGGACAACAAAUUAAUUUCGGAGAGAUACAUUUUAAUUAAGCCAAUUAACAAGUUGUGUGACUGUUGUUGGACGCUCUGAAAACCACUACGAACGGGGAAGAAUCAUGUUGAACCAAAAAGGAAACGCAAUCGAUAGCAACGCGAAAGUGAAACCCGAAUACAAUGAGCUAUCGUAUCUGGUAACGCGACAGUGCCUGCAUCAGGAGGAAUUUAAUCAGUUGUCGCAGUACGAUCGAGUAAAACCACCGCCCAUCGAGGCGAUCGUCAACUCGGUGCGUGACUUUCGCUGCCUCAACACUCUGCUCAACUUCAUUCCGAUUCUGCGAUGGCUACCGCAGUACUCCAUCAAGAAGGACCUACUAGGAGACAUCACCGCUGGUAUUACGGUGGCGGUCAUGCAAAUACCGCAGGGAAUGGCCUACGGUUUGCUGGCCGGUGUCCAAGCGAACGUCGGCCUGUAUAUGGCCUUCUUCCACUGUCUGGUGUACGCGGUUCUCGGUACUUCCCGGCACAUCUCGAUGGGUGCCUUCGCCGUUGUCAGUCUGAUGACGGCCAAGGUGGUGGCGAGCUAUGCGACCGUCACCCCGGUGGAGAUGAUAAACGGAACCAGCUUCGAUUUGCCACCGAUGGACCCUUCCGAGCCGCAAUACACUGCAAUUCAGGUUGUCACUGCGCUGUCGUUCGUUGUCGGCUGCUAUCAUCUCAUCAUGAGUCUCAUCCGUCUGGGAACCUUAUCGGCGUUGCUGAGUGAGCCACUGGUCAGCGGCUUCACGACGGCAGCCGCCAUUCACGUACUCGUCAGCCAAAUGAAGGAUCUGCUCGGAGUUUCGAUUCCCCGCUAUAAGGGAUCCUUCAAGAAUAUCCUAGCGUUGCGUGAUCUUGCCAGCGAACUGCCGAACAGUAAUCUCCCAACCGUUUAUACCUCGGUGAUUGUCAUUUUGUUUAUGAUUUUCAUGAACGAAUAUCUGAAGCCGUGGUCCUCUACUAAGUGUAGAUUUCCGAUUCCCGCCGAACUGAUGGCCGUUGUUGGUGGUACGAUGGCGUCGUACUACAUUCGGCUAGGGCCGGAUUUUGCUGUGAAGCUGGUCGGGGAGAUUCCGAUUGGCCUUCCCGCUCCAGAAAUGCCUCCGGUUUCGUUAUUGAAGCUGGUCGCCGUAGAUGCUAUUGCCAUCACUAUAGUUAGUUACUCGAUUGUCAUGUCUAUGGGGUUGAUCUUCGCUCAGAAGGAGGGCUACGAGGUUCGAGCUAAUCAGGAGCUGAUCGCCAUGGGAACCACGAAUAUUGUUGGAUCAUUUUUCUCCUGCGUGCCGACCGCUUGUUCGCUGUCGCGUUCGCUCAUCCAACAUCAGGCUGGUGGAAAGACACAAAUAACCGCCGUCGUUUCGUCCAUGCUGAUUCUGGUGGUAUUGCUGUGGGUUGGGCCGUACUUCGAGACUCUUCCACGUUGCGUGCUGGCGUCGAUUAUCUUUGUCGCGCUGAAGGGCAUGCUGUGGCAGGUGAAGCACAUCAAAAAGUUCCAACGGGAGGGCAGCCUGGAGCUGUUCGUGUGGUUGGUGACGUUCCUGAGUGUGACGAUAAUCGACAUCGAUAUUGGUCUGUUAAUUGGAGUUAUAUUUUCUCUAGUCGCUCUGUACAUUAAGGGCUGGAAGUCGUACUACAGUCUGCUCGGGACGGUACCCGAAACGGCAAUUUAUGUUGACAUCGGCAGUCAUCAGCGGGCCGAGGAGGUACCACAUAUUAAGAUUUUCAGAUACUCGGGUCCCAUUAAUUUUGCGAGCAGGGCGACUUUCAAGAAAGCACUUACCAAAGAGGUUGGUGUCAGUCAGAAGCUGGUUCAGCGUGCCUCCCGGUAUGAGGCGGCUGGCGAUGGCGCUGGCCUGCAGAUUAUUAAAACAGUGAUUAUUGAUUUGUCGAGUGUGCCGCACAUCGACACGGCUGCCUGCAAGGUGUUCAACGAUCUCAAAAAGGAGAUGAAUACGGUUGGAGUUAGCACGCUUAUCGCCUGCCCGGCGGAUUGUGUCUAUGAAACGCUGUUACACGCGGAGUCUAUUGGCGAAGGUGGCUUCCACAUCUUCCCCACGAUACACGAUGCCGUUUUGUAUGCUCAGGGAUCGGUUUCGACGGUUUAGUGUCGUUCCUUCGGCUGCCCUCAUCGGUGGUGACGAAAAGUGCCAAAGAGUUGGAUUUAAAUGAAGAAAAAAAUCUCAGUUUAGGUUAGACUGGUAGAAAGGGUCUAACCGAAUCGGCGAAGUAAAACGUGCCUUUGCUAGAGAAAGAGAUUAGAGUUUAGCAAACUAUCGAGCGUGUUAUACAUGCGUUGAUUGUUUCUCAAUAAACUAGGUGUCCUGAUGAGAUUGGCCAUAUUGAAUAUAAUAUUUCGAUGAAAACUGUUGAGUUUAGUAGUACUUAAGGAAAAAAUGGAUUAAUUGAAACUUACCACCCACGAACAGAUGCUAGUGGAACGUAAUGUUAAGGCACCGGCACUGUUUAAUCACCCGGCUUUUGUAUACUUUGUUAUAACGGAACAUAGAAAGUAGGUUUCUCGAUUUUCGCGAAGCAGAAGAAAUAGUUCAACCCUUAUUGCAGACUAUUAUGUGAGUAGAGUAUGUUUCGUAUCUUAUGUACGAUGUGGUAUUAAAACGAAAAUAGCUAAAGAAUUUAAAUUGUCUGAAAGAUCGUAAGUUCAAGCAAUACAGUUUAUUUGUAUAGAGUGAAGACAAUAUUUAUUGUGAAUAAAUGUAUUUUUAUAAAAUAAAAAUAAAAUACUGAUUUUGUAUGUCCUGGAUAAGCUUCUGAGUUUUACAAAUGCUCAGGAGCUCACAA